AUGCAUACGGAUAUCCCGGAGAAAUGCGUAUUACCAACGCUUGCAAGCAUAUUCAGUGGAUCGGAAAGUGCAGUGCAACACUUGAAACAAUAUACCCUUUCGCUGAUGCAAUGGGGACGAAAUGACGCAGUACUUUGUCGAUAUUUCCCCGCGAUCUUAACAGGGGAGGCAUUAACCUGGUUUGAUGGACUCCCGGCAAAGUCAAUAUCAUCAUUCAAAGAUUUGCAGAGGAUAUUCUUGACGACGUACAUAAGCAACAACUUGUUGAGACCAGGGAUAGAGACAUUGUUCAACUUGAGGAGAAGGCCAAUAGAAAGCUUGCGGGGGUUGGUCACGAUAUGGAGAACAGUGUGCAGCGAGUUAGCCGGGAGAAUUGAUGAACGAAGCUUCAUCUUAGCCUUCGUGAAUGCUUUGAUCCCAACGGACCUGCUGUACACACAGAUAUUCAUUAUUCAAAACUCGAUAACGAUGAAUGAGCUGAGGGAGUACCAGGAGGAAUACAUAGCGUUGGAGGAAAAGCAGAGGCAGUUCAGCGAAAUGACGUUGUCCCCAGCGAAAGAAUGGAAUUCUAGGCUAUUACCAAGGGAGGUGCACGCAGUAGAGGAUGAACUCGGGCGAGGAAAGGGAGAGCCACCAGUUCCCGUCCCGACGAAGCUUGUGGCCGUCUCGAGUGGAGAUCAGGAGUGGAUUGAUCAACAAAGGUAUGAGGAGUCAAAACGAAGAAAUCAUGAGCCACGAAGCUACAAUACGGGAUACCAACCUAGGAAUAAUCAGGGACCCAGAUACGGGGAAAGGAGGCCCAAUGGACCAAUCUUUGAAGAUGUGAAACUCCCACGACUUAACACAACUGUGGAAAAAGUGUGGGAGGCAAUAGUGCUGACGAAGGAAAUCCCGCCCCCACCAAAUUUUGGAAGAGAGCCCCCACCAGGGUCUCGAAGUCAUGAAUUUUGUAAGUAUCAUCGCUUCCAUGGACACCAAACAGGUGAUUGCAGGAACGUUCGGCGAAUUAUACUUCGCUUGAUAUGCCAAGGGAAACUCGCGCAUUUCCUAGAGGGUUAUGUGCCACCCCCGCCACCUCGUGAGAAUCAGCCAAUAUACCGGAUUGAGAUAGACCGAGGAAAGAAACAAUUAAACUGUAAUUCGAUAAUUCACGCGGCAAGAAGUCUCCAAGACUUUCAUGACAAGGUGCUUAAAAUAGUACACAAUAGGGAUUUCGAGGGAAACGAAAUAUUCAGCGUCAUGACGAAAGAGCCGCUAGAGGAAUGGCAGAAGAGGGAGAUAACCUUCUGUGCGAAGGAUGCACCUGAUGGGGAAAUUUCGCACACAAAUCCUCUGGUCGUGACCUUGGGAUUCGGAAAAUAUUCCAGAUGGGAGGAAGAGCAAGCUGAGGAAAGGAGAAUUUGGGCAAUAGACAAAAUCUUAGUUGAUAUUGGGAGUUCAGUCGAUAUCCUCUUUUACCAUACCUUUAGGACCAUGGGAUACAAGGACUCGAAUCUUGUACCUUCUACAUAUAACAUAUAUGGGUUCAAUGGGGUAGCGUCUAAGCGGAAGGGGAAACUGACCUUGAAGAUUCUCGCUGGCGAACUAGAGACGAAGGUCACAUCCUGUGUCGUAGAUGUCGAUUCUCCCUACAAUGCUCUCAUAGGGCGGCCUUGA